GCUGGACUUUACCGGGAGUACUUUACUUGUCUAGGCACUGACGCAAGAGAAUUGCUGGAUUCCUUGACCGCUGCUUCUCAAUUGGCUCUCAGACUCUCCUUCACUUGUCCUUCACCUUCCCACUUGCUUUGACCGGUUCCACUUGCCCGUCACUCACGCUCUCGUACCUGGAGCUUGACUUCCUUGAUCUUCCGUCACAGCAAUUGCUCAUAAACCCUUUCUGUCACUUCUGCGCAUCGACCAUUUCUUCACAUCACUCCUCACUCCGCUUGGAUCGAUUGUCCUUCUCUCUCAUCCUGCUCCUCAACCACAACUCACGUACCGUGCAUCUUAGUGCAAUACCCUUUACUACGCGUACCACUCAACUCUCCACCAUCAUGAAGACUCUUGCCGCUGUUGCUGCCCUUGUUGGCAUUGUCGCUGCUCAAUCUCUCUCCGACCUGCCACCAUGCGGUCAAACUUGCGUCAACAACAUGCUUGGUCAGGCGGCAGCUUUGGGCUGCUCCGCAACUGAUGUCGCCUGCCUGUGCAAAAACGACAACUUCGGCUUCGGAAUUCGCGACUGCUCCUACCAGGCUUGCCCACCGGAUACCAAUGUUGCUGCCAUCAUCGCGUAUGGUAACAGCUAUUGUGCCUCUGUUGCUUCUACUGCUUCCGGCGACUUCGCUGCAACCUCCGCUCUGACUGCAUCUGGAACUGCUAGUGGCCCGGCUGGAUCUGCAAGUGGUAUCUCUACCCUGACUGGUGGUGCUGGUGGCUCUGGUUCGGCUACAGCAACUGGUUCUGGCACCGCUGGUGGUGCAGGUGGUGCAGGUACCUCUUCAAGCGCAAUCUCCACCGAGACUCAGUUCAGCACCUUCACAUCUGAUGGAAGCACAAUCACGAGCGCAAUUGGAACUUCGACCAUCUUCAGUGUCGUUGCAGGUGCAGGAGGUUCGGCUGCCUCUGGUGCUUCCAGUGCCGCCUCAAACGCUUCUUCAGGUGCAUCCUCUGUAGCCUCUGGUGCAAGCGCCUCGGCUUCCAGCGUCGCUUCCUCUCUCUCCUCUCAAGCCGCGUCCGCUUCAUCUGCUGCCUCCAACGUCGGUGCGUCCGCCUCAUCCUCUGCAGCUUCGGUCGGCAGCUCGAUUUCUUCGCGUGUUUCCAGUGCUACAGGCGCAGCUGGUUCGGCCGGUAACUCAGCAACUUCGUCCGCUGGAGGUGCGGCUUCUUCGGCUGCUUCAUCUGCUUCUGGCAACUUUGCACCAAUGGUCACCGUGGCGGCCAAUGGUCUCGUGGGUGUUGCAGGUCUCGCUGCUGUUAUGCUGCUGUGAAGAGAAGACACCACAAUGUCGCAGAGUGAGAGACACUCUUGGAACUUUUCGAAUUUGCUUGCAAAAUCAUUGUUGAUACCCCACGAUCGGACGGCACUGCUUCGCGUCAGCGCUUUUAGGCGAGAGAAUGGUCAAUGCAGCACAAGGGACACGAUUGGCUGAACCAUUAUCAUUGCAAGGUGCCGGUUGAAGCUUUAACGAUGUACGGAUUAAUUGAACCAUACCCCAUUAGCAAAACGCAUCAGCUUUUGCUGUAAUAGGCCUGAAGAUAGGCUGAAUAGCUAAUACGAGAGAGCAUUCAUUGAAAAGAA